AUGUCUGUUAAGUACAGUUCCUUACUGCCUCAGGAUGAGGGGCGUUCGUGUACAUGUAGUCACAAAAUUGACCAUCUUGUUUCCUCACGAUGGAUGAUAACGUCUUCUUCUUCCGGGUCUAGAUACUGGCUUUAUUCUUUCUUCUUGAACGGUAUCUUGCUGCUUUCCCUGAUUUUGUCUUGGGCCUACAUGUAUCUAGGACAGGCUUCAUACAUACCAAACGAGUCCGGUCGAUCCCCGUAUCAGGGUUCUUCAGAUGAAAUCAACCGCUUGUGGGAGGACCUUUACAAUGAUUUCGCCAUCUCUCUGAUAACAGGCAAGGAGGCGGCCCGUCUUCCUAAUGCCACCUCUCCAAUGGCCCAAGAACCCACCAAAUACAUGGUCCAGCUUGACGUCUUUCAUCAGCUUCACUGCCUCAACCUUAUGCGGAAGCUCGUGUAUCCUUCAGUAUUCAAACUUGACUUGACGUCUGGAUCAGAAGAAGCAGAGGAGAACUUGGAUCACUUCGAGCACUGCUACGAUUCCCUGCGGCAGGCGUUGCAGUGCAACGCGGAUCUGAGCACUAUCUACUAUGAAUGGGUGCCAGAAAGAAAUAGGCUGGUAGGAAACUUGGCGACAACGCAUACUUGCAAGAACUACGAUUCAAUUCUACAGUGGGCAAGGGAUCAUCAGUACAAGGGACCUCUUGAUUACACGGCCAAGGUGGAAGGGGUUCCUAUAAGGCAUGUUUCGCGUGUUUCGGGUGGGGAGAGCUUACAUCAUCACAUGUAA